CAGUCGGACUCCGGUCAAACGCUGCUGUUGAUGUUUAAUCAGAGGAACAUUCAGGCUCUGAUCUGCUUUAAUAAUCGAUGAACGUAUCGAUCAGCUGUGAUCAGAAUCAGCUGAUCGAUAGAAUCAGAUCCUCAGAUUCUCUCCGUCUGGACUCACAGCACCUCACUGAUCUGCGUCUGACUGGAAAAUCCAUGCGGGUCCUGAUGUCGGUACCGAAGAGCUCCGGGACCCUGAGGGACCUCCAGCUGGCUCUGCAGCUGAAGAUCGAGGAGCUCCGUCAGCGAGACGCUCUGAUCGACGAGCUGGAGCUGGAGCUGGACAUCAAGGACGACCUGAUCCGACAGCUGCAGGUGGAGCUGGACCGGCACCGCAAGACGGCCAGCACAGGAUCUUCAGUUCAGACGCCGGCGGCUCCAGAUGAACCUCAGAGAACCAAACGUCAGGCGAUCUCAGCAGAACCUUCAGCUCUGGAUCCGUCCCAGCUGACCGACGUCACGCUGACCAGCUACUGCAAGAGCAAAGAGUCCAGUGAUCUGAUUCAACGAGCUCUGAUGGACAACGACUUCAUGAAACACCUGGAACACGGACAGAUUCUCACCAUCAUGGACUGCAUGCGUCCCACGAGUCUGACCAAAGGCUGCUGUGUGAUCCAGGAGGGCGACGAUGGAUCCACCGUCUACGUUCUGGAGGAGGGGAUGGUGGAAGUGACCAAAGAGGGGAAGAAGCUCUGCAGCAUCGGACCGGGGAAAGUGUUCGGAGAGCUGGCGAUCCUCUACAACUGCACCCGGACGGCCACCGUAACAGCUCUGACCGACAUCAAGCUGUGGGCGAUCGACCGACAGGAUUUCCAGACCAUCAUGAUGAGAACUGGUCUGAUUAAAUACUCCCAGUACACCGACUUCCUACGCAGUGUUCCGUCCUUCCAGUCUUUGGCUGAAGACGUUCUCAGUAAAUUGGCCGACGCUCUGGAGGAGACUCGUUACAGUGACGGUGAUUACAUCAUCCGGCAGGGUGCCACUGGAGACACUUUCUUCAUCAUCAGCGACGGACAGGUGAAAGUCUCUCAGCAGAUCUCAGCAAAUGAUGAAGAGGCGGCUGUGAAGACUCUUUCCAAAGGAGACUGGUUUGGAGAACAGGCUCUGAAAGGCGAGGACGUUCGGACCGCCAGCGUCACGGCCGUGGGCGACGUCACAUGUCUGGUCAUCGACAGGGAGUCCUUCAAACAGCUGAUCGGAGGUUUGGACGACGGCAGCGACAAGCAGCACGACAGCGACGAGGUCAAGGCCAAACGGCAGGCAGAAGCUGAUUUCUUCUCCAGUGUUUCCCUCAGUGACUUUACCAUCAUCUCUACUCUGGGGAUGGGAGGCUUCAGCCGAGUGGAGCUGGUCCAGUUAAAGAGCGAUCCCAACCAAACGUUCGCCCUCAAAGUGCUGAAGAAGCGUCACAUCGUGGACACCAGCCAACAAGGUCACAUCCUGUCAGAGCGUCGCAUCAUGAUGGAGGCUCACAGUCCCUUCAUCAUCAGGUUGUAUCGGACUUUCAGGGACUCCAAGUAUCUCUACAUGCUGCUGGAGGUUUGUCUUGGAGGAGAACUGUGGUCGCUGCUGAGAGACAGAGGUUUGUUCGACGACAGCACCACUCGGUUCUACACCGGCUGUGUCAUCGAAGCUCUGGCCUUCCUGCACUCCAGAGGAAUCAUCUACAGAGACCUCAAACCAGAGAACAUCAUCCUGGACCACCGAGGAUACGCCAAGCUGGUGGACUUUGGUUUUGCCAAGAAGGUGGGUUUGGGGAAGAAGACGUGGACGUUCUGUGGGACUCCAGAGUACGUUGCUCCUGAGAUCAUCCUCAACAAAGGACACGACAGCUCAGCCGACUGCUGGUCUUUAGGAAUCCUGGUGUUUGAGCUGCUCAGUGGAAGUCCUCCUUUUUCCGGCUCUGAUCCCAUGAAGACCUACAACAUCAUCCUGAGAGGCAUCGACAUGAUCGAGUUUCCCAAGAAGAUCACGAAAAGCGCCGCCAACCUCAUCAAGCGUCUGUGCAGGGACAAUCCUUCAGAGAGGCUCGGGAACCAGAAGAAUGGAGUGAAGGACAUCCAGAAACACAAGUGGUUCGAGGGUUUCAACUGGGACGGACUCCGACAGGGAACCAUAGAUCCUCCAUUCACCCCCACGGUGGACGGACCGCUGGACAACAGCAACUUCGACUACUUCCCUGAAGACACAGAAGAACCUCCGGAUGAAGAGUCUGGAUGGGAUCUGGAGUUCUAGAGGACCAGGACCUGGACCAGGACCUGGACCUGGACCAGGACCUGGACCUGGACCAGGACCAGGACCUGGACCUGGACCUGGACCAGGACCAGGACCAGGACCAGGACCUGGAUCUGGACCAGGACCUGGACCUGGACC